GAGGAGGUGGAGUCGUGAGCCACAUCGCAGUGUACAAGCAGCACUCAGCUGAUGGGAGGGGUGCCGCUUGCAGACAGGAGACAGGAUCCAUGGCAACAAUCAUGGCAGAGGCAGAGACCCGACAGAGACUGCUGCGCACCGUCAAGAAGGAGGUGAAGCAGAUUAUGGAGGAAGCCGUUACCAGGAAAUUUGUUCACGAAGACAGCAGCCAUAUUGUGUCCUUUUGUGCUGCUGUGGAGGCAUGUGUUCUGCAUGGGCUGAAACGGCGAGCAGCAGGCUUUCUGCGUAGCAACAAGAUAGCAGCACUCUUCAUGAAGGUGGGGAAGAGCUUCGCUCCAGCUGAGGAGCUGUGUAGGAAGGCCCAGGAGCUCGAGCAGGUCAUCGAGACAAAACGAAGUCAAAGCUUGCAAAGUCAAGACAGCCUUCGCAAGAUGCCCCGACUGCCCAGCCUCACCCCACAGGGAGUCAAGAACCUGUGGAUCCGGACGGCUCUAUUUGAGAAGGUGCUGGAUAAGAUUGUCCUCUACCUAGUGGAGAACAGCUGUAAGUACUAUGAGAGAGAGGCUGUUCUAAUGGACCUUGUGGACGGACCUAUCCUUGCCUCUUUGUUAGUUGGACCUUGUGCUUUGGAGUACACAAAGAUGAAGACAGCCGACCACUUCUGGACAGACCCGUCUGCUGACGAGUUGGUGCAAAGACAUCGCAUCCAUGGUGGCCACUGCAGACAGGAUUCCCCCACUAAGAGGCCUGCACUGUGUUUCCAGAAGCGGCACUCCAGCAGCAGCAUGGAUGAACGCCCCUCCCCCUCACCAUCAGCUCGUGACUAUGUGGAGUCCCUGCAUCAAAACAGCAGGGUGACCCUACUGUUUGGAAAAAACAAUGUGCUUGUACAACCGAGGGAUGACAUGGAGGCUAUCCCGGGUUACCUCUCUCUGCACCAGAAUGCUGACAUCAUGACCCUGAAGUGGACACCCAAUCAGCUCAUGAACGGGUCUGUUGGAGACCUGGACUAUGAACGCAGUGUAUACUGGGACUAUGCCAUGACGAUCCCUUUAGAGGAGAUAGUGUACUUGCACUGUCAUCAACAAGUUGACAGUGGGGGGACGGUGGUGCUAGUCAGUCAGGAUGGGAUCCAAAGACCUCCACUUCGCUUCCCCAGAGGAGGCCACUUGCUCCAGUUCCUCUCCUGCCUGGAGAAUGGCCUGCUUCCCCAUGGCCAGCUGGACCCUCCACUCUGGUCCCAGAGGGGAAAGGGAAAGGUGUUUCCUAAGCUGCGGAACAGGGUUCCUCAGGGAUCUGGAUUCUCAGACUUGGUCUCAGAUAAGGAGGAGGACGAGGCCACAGACUAUGUCUUCCGCAUCCUCUUUCCAAACAGCCAGUCAGAGUUUGUGACUGUAACCCAUCCUCCCCAUCUGACCUCCUCCCUCUCCCUUCAACUGAGUGGACAGUCCCCCUCCAAAACAGGGACUCUGGUUGUACCCAAGAGGUCCCGCAGCUGUCCUGAGGAAUCCCCCUCACUCACAGGAAGAAGCUUGACUCCAGACUUGAUGGAUCAGGGAGCUACAAUGUGGCAUCCCACUCUCAGGAAGUCCUCGUGUUCCUCUUGUUCUCAGGGGAGCUUCUCUGAUGGGGCGACACCCAAGGGCUGUAACCAUGAGAGGGCUCCUCUGAAGCUGCUGUGCGACAACAUGAAGAAUCAGAUCAUCUCUCGGGCGUUUUAUGGCUGGUUGGCAUACUGCCGUCACCUGUCCACUGUGCGUACACACCUCUCUGCUCUCGUCAAUCACACCAUUGUGGCGCCCGACGUGCCGCAAGAUGCCUACAAAGGGCUCACCACAGACGUGUGGCAGACAUUCCUCCAGGACUGCACAGCAUACGAGGAGAAGGAGCUGCUUCGUCUGGUGUACUUCGGCGGUGUGGAUGCUUCGCUGCGUAAAGAGGUGUGGCCUUUCCUGCUGGGUCAUUAUCAGUUUGGAAUGUCAGAAGCCGACAGGAAGGAGGUGGAUGAACAGGUCCGAGUGUGCUACCAACAGACCAUGCGCGAGUGGCUCGGCUGCGAGGAGAUUGUCCGCCAGCGGGAGAAGGAGCAGCAUGCUGCAGCAUUAGCAAAGUGCUCCUCUGGAGCGAGCAUGGACAGUCCCAGUCAGAAGAUGAUCCACCAUGACUCCACCGUCAGCAAUGAGUCCCAGUCCUCCCAGAGCUCAGACAGGCAGAGUCUGGCUCGCCUACAGAGUGAUUCCAGCAGCAGCACACAGUUCUUCACAUCCUCCCAUCCCUUCCCCUGGAGUAGCCUGCUUCCCUUUGGCUUGUUCUUUCAGGUGUUUGAAUCCGUAGAGGAGGUGGACCAGAUCGAGACGGAGCCCAAGAAUGAAGAGGCCAAACAGGUGCCAAAAAUGCCCAAUGGAGCUCUGCAGGAUGGGACGAGCUCCCCUGACUCUGGACACCCCUCCUCCCGCAACUUCUCUGUCACCUCCGGCCUGUCGGACGGCUCUCUAAGCACAGAGGACAGCGCUGCACCUGAUACAGCCCCGAGAUCUGUAGCUGUUCCUCAGAGCCUCGUCAAACCUGCAGGGGUAGAGAGCGAAGGUCUGACAGAGGAAAUGGACAGCCAGGUGAAAGGUGAAGUGAGAGACAAAGAGGAGGACGAGGAGAAAGCAACCGAUGUGACCAAAACUGCAGAAAAUACCAAGACUGAGGUGACAGGUGACAACAUGAUCCAACCAAUGGAGGAGGGGCUGGUGAAGGCCAAAAUAGAGACAAGUCUGCAACCCAAAACACAAGAAACUGUUGAGUCUGGAGCAAUUAAAACAGAGGGGCCCAAGUGUGAAGAUAAAGACCUGGAUGCACUGGCAGACAUUAAAGGAAUGAAAUCUUUAGAGUCAGGGGAAACAGAAAAGGAAGUGUCCGAUGAGGAUACUAUGAUGACAUCAGCAGCUGCUACAGAAUCCAAACUCGCUGAGCAAAGUCUUAAAAAAGAAGUAGAAGUGAGUAUUGAGGGAACAUCAAAGCUCAAGAAAACUGCAGAAACAAAUGUGGAAAAGACGAAGGAAAUGGACAAAUCAAAGACAAGUAAACCGCAAGAGAUUUCAUUGGCGGAAAGGAAAGAAAAUGUAUCCGUAGAUCCCGUGGCUCCUGCAGUUGAAAAGAACCUUGUUUUCUCAGCGGACACCGAGGUUCAGAGAGCAAGAGAAGCCUACUCAGAAACCUCUCAGAAAGACGAGGCUCAGACAGAAUCUGAUGAGUCUCCCUCAGCCAUAGAAAUGGAGGAGAUCCCCAAAGCCAAAGUUUCCAUGGUGCCUUGGAGCAGGAAGGGACGUUGUGAAGCAUCGUCUUUCUCUGAGGACUCAGCCCCUCACGUGGAGCUCAGGCAGGAGGAGGAGCAGGGAAAGCCCAGUCCAGAGGGCACCGAGUCCAUCCUGUCUGAGGAGCCGGAGAUGGAGAGCCUUUACCCUAACUUUGACUCUCUGGCCAGGUCUGAGAACACCAAGAAUGAAGUGACCUCUCAAGAAUCAGCUGGGAGUACCUUCUCUCAAGAGCUUUUGGACUUGUACACAUUAAAUCUGCACCGCAUUGAAAAGGAUGUCCAGCGCUGUGACAGAAACUAUUGGUACUUCACUCCUGCCAAUCUGGAGAAACUGCGCAACAUCAUGUGCAGCUAUAUCUGGAGGCACCUCGACAUCGGUUACGUACAGGGCAUGUGUGAUCUGCUGGCUCCACUUCUAGUCAUUCUGGAUGAUGAGGCCCUGGCCUUCAGCUGUUUCACUGAGCUCAUGAAGAGAAUGAAUCAAAACUUUCCACAUGGAGGAACUAUGGACACUCACUUUGCCAACAUGCGCUCUCUAAUCCAGAUCCUGGAUUCUGAGCUGUUUGAGCUAAUGCACCAGAAUGGAGACUACACCCACUUCUACUUCUGCUACCGCUGGUUUCUCCUAGACUUCAAGCGAGAGCUGGUGUAUGAUGACGUGUUUGCAGUCUGGGAAGCCAUCUGGGCGGCCAAGUAUGUCUCUUCUAGUCACUUUGUCCUCUUCAUUGCCCUGGCGCUGGUGGAGAUCUACAGGGACAUCAUCCUGGAGAACAACAUGGACUUCACUGACAUCAUUAAGUUCUUCAAUGAAAUGGCUGAGCACCACAACAUAAAGCAGAUUUUGACCCUGGCCAGAGAUCUGGUGUGCAAGGUGCAGAUGCUGAUAGAGAACAAGUGAUUGUGCUGUUUGUCUUCUUUUCCUUCCAAGUAAAGUGUGAACGGCUGUAGCAGCACGAGAGUUAAAUACAUGAGCACACACGCUCUCACACACACUACACAAAGCCUUUACAAUCAGUUUGCUGCUAUGAGCCUUAUUGACUGUAUCCAUGAUGUUGUUUGUGUUGUCAACAGGUAUAUGAGAAUAUUACGCUUCAUAUUUGUCAGUAAGUUUAAGUGAAAACAAAUGUAUCUGAAAAACUAUUUCUUUAAUUUCUAAAUAUUUUUGUCAGAAAUCCUUUAAGUGUCAAUCUUAAUCCGAGUGCACUUAAUAUUUUGAGAUAAGGAUGGGUUUUAGUUGCACAUUUCAAACCAAAAUGCAGAGCUGAAUUCAACCAGAGACUAUAUUUAUGAGAAAAAUACAUUGUGAUAAUAGUUUAUAAUAAUUAUUUUAAUAGUCAAAGUCUUCAAGAUUAAACUUGAAAUAUAUCAGCAAGUUAUCCCCGUAUUCCUAUCCCUUAAUGAAGGAAAGAAUGUCAGCAGACUUUUCAUUUUCUUUAAAUACACCCCAAAAUCAAAUUCACUGAUGACUGACUCAAAACACUGGCUUGUCGUCCAAAAUGUAUCUCCAGUUAUGUUUAAUAUUAAGAAUAAUUUAGCUUUUAGCACCAUGUCCGUGAUUUAGCAUCCAACAGUGUUUUUAAUGUCCUUGAACUGCCUUGUCUGCCAAAUAUUAUGUCUUUACUUGUUUUGUGUGAAUUGUACUGUACUGAGAGAAAAAUGUGCUCAACUUUUGAGGAUUAUAUUAUGUUAACACUUGUAAAAUCAUAACCUAAUAUUUAAGUGACUCAUGGAUGUCUGGGCAGAGAUUUAUAAAAAGCAACAAGCCUGAUUUGAUAGUGUUUUUAAGUUAUUUUUCAUUAUCCUGUGAACCACUGCAUAUUUUGUAAAUUGUGCAGUUUGCUCACCUUGAUUUUGGUCUUGUAUUGUCUGGCGCCUGUUUGUUGAAUCAAAUGUUAAUUUUAGCUUGAAUAUGAUUACGAAUAGGGAAGAUCAGAUGAGACAGAUAAUAUUUAGAUACAGUGACCAAAGGAAAAGUUUUGUGGUUCCACAUGUUAUUCAGAUUCUUUAGUGUGAGAGUGACUUAAACAGAGAUGGGAAAAUGAAAGGGACAGUAUGGCAACAUUUUAAAAUGGAUUUCGAAUGACCUGAUUUUAAUGGGGAAACUGUUUUGAUGUUUUGGCAGAUUUGAGGCUUGUGAGGACACACAAUAUAUAUGCUUUAAAUCCCUUCAAUCAAUACUAAUGUUGGGCUCAGUUAAUAGCAUUCAUGCUUGUCAUUCAUUGCCAAAAACUUCACUCAGUUGGUCUUCAAGUGUUGUUUCAUGAACGUGGUAAUAUGAAUUGCUUUUAAUAUUGGUGUUUCUUUGUGAAUGCUAACUGCUGUCAGAAAACCUAUUUUAAUUUAUUGUAACAUUUAUUUGCCAAAGUAUUUAUUUAUUUAUUUAUUCAUUCAUUCAUUUUCUCAU